GACACCUAGUCACCGUCCUCACUAAACAAUGUCAGUUCCCGACAGACGCAGGUGCAGGAGGACGCGGUGUGUGCAGUGUUUUGAUCCCGACUUACGAGUGAAAAUAAUAGCCAUGAAGUUGCGGCGAAGGUGAACCUGUUUAGAAAUACUACACGACACUCUGGUGGAAAGAAAAGUAAAAAAAAAAAAGGUUAUAAAGUGUUAGUCUAUUAAGUGGUUACGAUAUGGAUACGACAUUGGUGCGGGGAUUCUUGUCCUCCGUAUCAUAUCUACUGUCCAGAAUUAAACAGCACACAGCAGGUGUGGAGAGUGAACCGCCAACACACACAUCCCUGCACGAUGACCCUUGCUACACCACAACCACCACCACCACCCAACAACUCUUCCCUCGCUCCUCCUCCUCACCAUCGAGAGUGGCGCCCUGUACUCCUAAGGCUGCUGCCCCCUGCCACGAUGCCCGAGAGCCCAGGUGGGUCAGGCCCCUUGGGUACUGUGAGAAGCUAAUGACCUCUGCACAUCGUUUUGGCUGCAUGACCACCGUCUAUGCCCUCUGGCUGGACGCAAGACAAACCAUCGACUUCGACGUCAUCAAACACGCCACCACCAUAAUGUACAGGAAGAUGCCCCACUUGCGGGUGGUGUUGGGUCGUCACCAGGGGAAGCUGUGGUGGCGGGAGAUGGAGGUGCCGCUGGUGGACGUGAAGGAGCUCGUCACCGACGACGUGGUCACCACUCUCGAGGCACUACUCCGCCGCCGCUAUUGCAUGGAGGAAGGACCACUCUGGUUCGUGCGUUUCGUGUCUCUCAACCUAGAUGGAGAGUGUACUCGAGACAGGAACCACAACGAAAAAUACAAAUAUGCGUGUAUCUUCGGCUUUCAUCACAACGUGAGUGACGGAACUACAAACAUGAAAUUCUGUAAGGUGUUCCUCCAGGUGCUUAACGACUUGCUUCAGGGAAAAGACAUUGACAUAUGUGAGGAAGGAACAUUUGCAGAACCGCUGCAUGACAGAAUAGCCGACAUGGCCACCUCCCAGUGGUCAUUAUUCACACUAUUCCUUAGUCGGUUUUAUAAAGGAGUCCUCAGCUACGGAGCCUAUAUUAGUAACUUCACGAGGCUCUUCCAGAUGCCCGCCCACAAUGAUGCAGCGACGCGUGUGUUGCAAUACGAGUUAGACGAUAUUACUUCUAAGAAGUUGUACCUCCGGUGCAAGAUGGAAGGAGUCACAUUAAACUCGGCCUUCACAGCUGCCGCCAACCUCGCACUCUACCGAAUGAUGUCGUCUAAGAGCGACUCCCUCGAUAUCACGGAUAUAAACUGUGUACAAGCCAUAAACAUGAGACGCUACUGGCCUAAACAGUUACAACCAAACACAUUUGGGUGCCAUAUAUCCACGUUAGACGUGGGAUUCCGAACUGAACGAAGAAACCUGGAAGAGUUCUGGGAGUACAGCAGACAGGUUCACUCUGAUCUCGCUCACCACCUCACCACAACACAACGGGCUCUCUCUGUACAACCCAUCAGCGAGCGACUCAAACUGGUAAUCGGCAGUAACUUCUGGCUGGAUCAGGUAGGUCUGCCCUCCACUAACGACAACCACUACUGCGUCACCAACAUGGGCAACCUUAACAGUACCUUUCCUGGCACUGGAGAGGAGGUAGAGGUGUCCAAAGUGCUGCGCUCUGUGUCCUGCCACUUUAUGCCCACACUCUGUCAACACACAGUGCAGACCUUCCGGGGCCGCUUCUGCUACUCCCUCGACUACUACACCCAAAAAAUGAAGCGGGAAACAGCUUCCCAAUAUGCGCAGGAUAUCAUCGACACCCUCAUCUCGUCCAUCCACACACCUAACUGACCAUAGCCUGGAACAACAUACUAUGACCAAAGGGCAGUUCCCACACUUGGGGAUUUCAUUACUACCUAUAUGUACAAAUGUGUUUUGUUACUCUCACACACUGUGAGUAUACUUGCCAGUAUUAAACUGCAUGACGUGAA